AUGAAGUGCUCAGAUAUCAGCAGCAGACAGCAGCAGCUGCUCUUCCAGUGCUACUGCAAGACCGUAUACAACACCAAUUUCUACAAGUACGUUGCCGAGGAGAACAAACUGACUUGCACGAGGAACGAUAAGGACAACUAUUUCGCUGAUACCGAGGAGGUCUGCGCCAACUACGACCAGUACACGAACUGCCCCGGUGUUGCCCUUGUUGCCCUGGCCCUGUCGUCUCUUCUUUUCAUGUAGAUUCUUGAAAUGAACAAACUCGGUUUAUUAAGCAAAAA